AUGCUCACCCGCAUUUUGGGCCGCAAAUGUAGAUCCAAUUUGCCACUUUCUGUCGGCAAUCUAUUCCAUCCAGACUCUAUCGAAGUCUCUCUCUUGUUCAUCUCGUGUCUUCCCCGCUCCUGUCUGGCUGUACCGAAGUGGUUUACUCUCGUUCUCCCAACUUGGUCGUGUAGUCAAGGCGUCUUCAUGAUCAUAAUCCAUCAGAAGGCCUCUGCCCUCGAGUUGUCUUGA